AUGAGUGGGGUUUGGGGGGCCGGAGGGCCUCGGUGCCAGGCGGCGCUCGCGGUCCUGGCCUCUCUGUGCCGGGCCCGGCCGCCCCCUCUCGGACUGGACGUGGAGACUUGUCGGAGCUUUGAGCUGCAGCCCCCGGAGCAGAGUCCGAGCGCGGCCGACUCAGGCCCCUCUGUCAGCCUCCUCGCCGUGGUAGUUAUUGUGUGUGGCGUGGCCCUGGUGGCAGUUUUUCUCUUUCUCUUUUGGAAGCUGUGCUGGAUGCCCAGGAGGAACAAGGAAGCCUCCAGCCCUUCUUCUGCUAACCCUGCUUCAGAGACCCUCCAGAGUCCCAGCUCCAGAGGCAACAUGGCAGAUAAGCUGAAAGACCCCAGUGCCCUGGGCUUCCUGGAGGCGGCUGUGAAGAUCAGCCACACGUCCCCAGAUAUUCCAGCUGAGGUGCAGAUGUCGGUCAAAGAGCAUAUCAUGCGUCACACGAGGCUGCAGCGACAGACCACAGAACCAGCAUCUUCUACCAGGCACACGUCCUUCAAACGCCACCUGCCACGGCAGAUGCACGUCUCCAGCGUAGACUAUGGCAAUGAGCUGCCACCAGCGGCCGAGCAGCCCACCAGCAUUGGCCGCAUCAAGCCUGAGCUCUAUAAGCAGAAGUCAGUGGAUGGGGAUGAUGCCAAGUCUGAGGCCGCCAAGAGCUGUGGGAAGAUCAACUUCAGCCUCCGCUAUGACUACGAGAGUGAGACCCUGAUUGUGCGUAUCCUGAAGGCCUUUGACCUCCCUGCCAAGGACUUCUGUGGAAGUUCUGACCCUUAUGUCAAGAUCUACCUCCUGCCUGACCGCAAGUGCAAGCUGCAGACGCGGGUGCACCGCAAGACCCUGAACCCCACCUUUGAUGAGAACUUCCACUUCCCAGUGCCCUACGAGGAACUGGCUGACCGCAAGCUGCAUCUCAGUGUCUUUGACUUUGACCGCUUCUCCCGCCAUGACAUGAUCGGGGAGGUCAUCCUGGACAAUCUCUUUGAGGCCUCUGACCUGUCCCGGGAGACCUCCAUUUGGAAGGACAUCCAGUACGCCACUAGUGAAAGUGUGGACCUGGGAGAGAUCAUGUUCUCCCUCUGCUACCUGCCCACAGCAGGCAGGCUCACCCUCACCGUGAUCAAGUGCCGCAACCUCAAGGCCAUGGACAUCACAGGCUACUCAGAUCCCUACGUCAAAGUAUCCCUGCUGUGUGACGGGCGGAGGCUGAAGAAGAAGAAAACAACCAUCAAAAAGAACACCCUCAAUCCUGUCUACAACGAGGCCAUCAUCUUUGACAUCCCUCCAGAAAACAUGGAUCAAGUGAGCCUGCUUAUCUCCGUUAUGGACUAUGAUAGAGUUGGUCACAAUGAGAUCAUAGGAGUCUGUAGAGUGGGGAUCAAUGCUGAAGGCCUCGGCAGGGACCACUGGAACGAGAUGCUGGCAUAUCCGCGGAAACCCAUUGCACACUGGCAUUCCUUGGUGGAGGUAAAGAAAUCCUUCAAAGAGUGGCAGGGCCGAGCUGCCAGCUUCGACAGUGAGAGCUCAUGCCCAUCUCCGAAACCACCUCCGACACCAUGAGCCGCGCAGCCGAGCCACGCCAACGGGGACUCAGCAAUGUUCUUUUCGCACUUGUUUCAGUCUAGAUGCAGUGUCUGUGCAGUCCCGGUGAUGGCAGCGGCAGCCGCCACUGCCUGCCAGCCCACGGUCUUCACUGCUCCCGGGCAGGGCAAGGCCGAGACCCUUGUUGUCUGUGAUCAGACCUGUCUUAGUCUUUUCUGUCUCCCAAGGUGAUGUUUUUGUGGUUGUUCGCUUUGUUUGGGUCUGCUGUCAAGAAAGGAAGAAAGACGCAGUGAUGAGAGAUACAGAACCGAGAGUGGAGAGCCCAGACGUUAGCUCUGGGGAAUACAAUGUAAAAUAAGCAGUCUUUUGGGGAAAGGCAGACUGACUCUGAAAUUUUGUGCCUCCACCAAGUGCUCACCCCUGGAGAGCACAGCAGUAGGAUGGAGCUGUGGCCGUGUUGUCAGCGACCUGCAAGAAUGGACCUAUCAAUCCAGGAGCCGGCCUCUCUUCACUGCUGUGACACAAGCCAAGGCGUGGUCCUCUCGGCCCAUGUUGAAAUCAUGAGACCUUGGCCAUGUUUGUGACUCUGUAGGGGAUCCCUGCGCCCCUUUGUUGGCUUUCCCCAACUGGGAACGUUUUUGAUCCCUCGUGGAAACUUCAAUCCCGCUAAAACUAAACACGCCAUAUGUUUUCCCACACGCUGCAGUUAAUAAUCACAUUUGUUUGAAAACAAGAUCUUAGUUCUCAAAAAUAACCUUCAUUGUAAAGAAAGGAGGCGCAUAUGUUCCGGAGUGGAUUUCUGUGUUAUACAUAGCUUUAUAAUUCCACAAAGUACCAAGCAGCUGUUUAAGAUGUCUAAACAGAGCAAAGAAAAAUCUAGACAACACGUUCUUUUCUGAAUGGGGCAUUUUGAAAUCCAAUCCACAGUUUUGAGUCUGCCUGUCUAUGAAGAGCCUCCUCUUAGCUGAAACCUAGUCUGCCGGAGACUAGGUCAGCCCCACAGACUCUGGGUCAGUAACUUACCUUAAACUUUAGUUCUAGAAACUAUUAAGUAUUCUGUGGUGUUUGUUUCCGUCUCAGUGAGAGGAUCUUUGCUUGUUUGUUUUUUCUAUUAGCUCUCUACCAUAGGACAAGUUCAGUUUAGAAAACAAAAAUAAAAUGAAUGACUGUAUUUAUAAUAGCACAUUCCUAUCGUGGCCUUCCCACCGUGCCCUGUUAGUGGGGUGAUCCGCCCACUCUAAAGUAAGCACACGAGGUUAGUUCCCACCCCGACUUGGGGCUCCACAGGACCGAUUGUCGGCACUGUAGGCCUUGCAGGAAGCAAGCAAACUUGGAGAAAGCCCUUCUUUCAACAACAGAAGAACAGAGACGCUAUCCUCAUACCUCGUAUCUUACUCUGCAUAGACCCCAUGCUAUAGGAGUAGUGGUUUAAUAAAGUAGCCCCCAGUUUAAGCCAAACCACCAAGUUUCUCUGCUGCUGUAACUUUAUGUAAUGCCUGCCAGCCAGAAGAAGGUUGGAAUGAGCCAACAGGAUGGUGUGGCAAAGAAGCCGUCUACUUUCUAGUAAACGUAGAGGAAUCUGGACUCCGCUGAGAAUGAACCUUGGGCUAGAGGCUGGUGUGUAAAGUUUGUCUCCCCGGAUAUCUUACAGCUGAUAAGUCUUUCUAGUCAGGCAGUCUCCUAUUUGGAAGUACUCUUGAGAGGGAGAAAACCCACAAAGUCAUGACAAGAGUCCCAGCAAGCAGCCAGCUUCGUUGUGUUUCUUGACGCUAAAUGGACCACACUAAGGCAACUAUUGCAGCCAUACAUCGGUGCAACUAGGAAGGGGACAGGGUUUUCUGGGUGAUAAAGAGCAGAGAGGUUAGUGUGAGCAUUCCAUCCUCCCAAAAGUGGGUUCCAAAUGCAUGCCCAGCUGCCACCCCUAAACCCUCAAGCUGGUAGGAUGCUCCAUCCUAAACUCUUAGAGAGGAGGGUGUGGUCUGUGCGGAUUAUGGAAUAACACUGGCUGUCCAAGAGACCCUUCUAUGUCACAGCUACUCUUUCCACUAAGUGAACACCCCAACACUUUCAGGAAGCCGUGCCCUGGUUAUGGCCAGCUCUCUUACCACCCCAGUAGGCUGCUUUAGUUCCACCAGCCAUGGUAUACAGUAGGCAUGGAAGCCCACUCCAGGAAGGCUUUGGGUUCCUGGGUCCCCGCCCCCCAAGGCCCCACCAAGGGUGGCCAAGUCAGUCCUCCUCUUCCUAAAGCAUGAUUGAUACAAACCGGCUUCUCCUUUCAACAGCCUAGGAUUCCUCCCUCGCCCAUGAGAAUUCCUAGAAAGCUGAUACAGAAGAAACUGAAAUUCAAUGUUGACUGGCUUGCUGGCUUCCCCUAGCACAAGAAACCCUUUGGGGGUGGUGAUGAGCUUUGUGGAAGUUGUGAUAACUGGGGCCAUUUGCACACAGAGGUUUGCAAAGGACGCCAGAUUCUCCUCCUUUAGUUCGCAGUGUUUCUUGGCUGAGAGAUGCUCCCCUCCCCCUUUGC